AUGACUCUCGCCGAGGAGUUCCGCCAAAGAAACUUCAGUAUUUACGGACAAUGGACGGGUGUCUUGUGCAUUAUUCUGUGCCUGGCCCUCGGCAUCGCUAACAUCUUUACAUUCAAUGCGGUGAUCAUCAUCUUCAGCGUUCUGUGCCUUGUCUCCGCGUUCAUUCUCAUUUUCACCGAAGUACCUUUCCUGCUCCGAAUCUGCCCGACCUCGCCCAAGUUCGAUGAAUUCAUCCGCAAGUUUACAACGAAUUGGAUGCGCGCAGGCAUGUAUGCCGUUAUGAGUGUUGUGCAGUUUCUCAGUCUGCUCAAGGAGGCGACCAGCUUGAUCGCUGCGGCGGUUGUUCUCUUGAUCGCCGCCAUCUUUUACGCGCUGGCGGCCGUCAAGAGCCAGGAGUUUGUCAGUAGUAAGACACUAGGUGGCCAGGGCCUUGCACAGAUGAUUGUGUAG